UGUAGUUUAUGAAUGGAGAUGGCAUUGAAGCAGUAUUGAUUUUUAUUUAGUUGAAUUCAUAUCAAUUUCGGAAGGCCGCGUGGCUUCCCUAUACUUAGGUGGGCGUGACACAGUAUACCGUGUACACCAUCCGGUAUACUGCUACUGUGUAUAGGUGGAUCUAUAGUAUACUAGCUAAGCUAAGAGACGUUAGGGUGAAGCGAAUUUGGGUCAGACAGUGCUCUCGGUCUUUUGGAAGGAAUCUACACGAUUGUGUCGACUUCUUUUAGCAGUUAUCCCCAAAGAACCUUCUACUUUACAUCCUAUCCGAAGGUGUUAUACGAGGACCAUGAUGAAAAAGCAAUCUAAGCGUGUCGUGGCGACGAGAAGCCAGAAAGUCGUAACAUCGACGCCUCGCGUAGUCUCGACGACAUCGUACUCGAGGUCCGGUGCGUCGACAGUAGCUGGAGAUUCAUUGUCGCUCCCGAGUCCUUUGAGUUCGUCGUCCAUGUCUACGUCAAUGAUGUCCACGCGAGGUUCGACGACGACGUCGUCCACGCGAAGAUUUGCGUCAUCAUCGUCGAGGUCGUUCAUCAGGGAAGAGGACGAACGCGAGGAGAUGAUCACGUUGAAUGAUCGUCUGGCGAAGUACAUCGAUUCCGUGCACGCGCUCGAUCUCGACAGCAGCCGGGCUCAGCUCCUCGAUGUGUCGAUCGUCGAAGCUAGGCAGACGGCGAUGGCGGAGAUCCGGGCGAUUUUCGAGAAGGAGUUGGACGAUGCCCGAAGAUUGCACGCCGAGGAGAGAGAGAGGCUUAAAGGAGAGUGUGCGAAAUAUAAAAGUGAAUUGUCUGAUCUAAAACCAAGAUUGAAGUCGGCGGAGAAAGAGAAGAAUGAGGCAAAGAAGCGAUUAUCCAACCUCGAGUCUCAGAUAACCGAGAAAGAUAACCGGAUCCGAUUCCUGGAGGAGGAGCUAAACCGGGUCAAACCGGAAUUGAACAACAAAGACAAACAGCUGAAAACCGCCAAGAUUGAGAUCGAGAAUGGGGCGAUCAUCCGCGAACAGCUAGAAAAGAAAAUCCGGGAUCUCCAAAAGGAUCUUGAAUUGCAGGAGGAAUACUAUAAGAAGCAACUCGAGAAGGCACAGGGGGCUUGGGAUGAGACACUGAUGGCAGAAUGGGAGAAAUACAUUGACAACUUGAAUGUCUCCCUCUCCGACGACUUACGGCAAGUUCGAGAGCAAGAGAUGGACCAAGAAACAGAGGAGAACGAACUAACGAGGAUGUUGACUCGCAUCAAGGGAUUCGGUGUAAGUGAAUUCGCCUCCGAACUCAGGAAACUCAAAGGAGAUAUCAACGUCAAAGAUCAGAACGAUACGCUUGUUGCUCGUAUCAUGGACCUCGAGGCUCAACUGCGCAAGGAGCGGGAAGCCCAUGUCGACGCUCUAAGUCGUCGCGAUCUGGAGAUCGAGGAGGUUAAAGAAACCGUGGCCGUGCGCGUCCAGAAGUACAACGACCUGCUCCAGAUCAAACUCCGUCUCGACAAGGAGAUCGCGACCUUUCGCGCCUUGCUCGAAGGAGGGGAAGCGAGGUUAAGAAAGAGAGCCAUGUUGAGUGAUUCCUUUCAAGAAGACACACCUCCUCGUGAGCAGCCACAACCCAAGCGACGUCGUAUCAAUGAUGAAGUUCAGGUUACGAGAUCAUCGACCACCAGCGGACUCGUGUCCAUCGUCGAGACCGACAACGAUGGCAACUUUAUCAAACUGCACAACCAUACCGACUCGGACCAAUCCAUUGGAGGAUGGGAACUCCAGCGUAUUGUUGACGGAGGGCUCGUCGCGACCUUCACGUUCAACAACAGGUUCUCGAUGAACCCGGGUCAUGAGGUCACGAUCUGGGCCUCGGGCAGUGGGAACAAGGUUCAAAACCCUCCCUCAGAUGUGGUAUCUAAGGACACGGAGAACUGGACGAAAGGGGACAGCACGGAGACGCUCCUCGUACGCCCUGAUGGAGAGGUGAUGGCUAAAUGCACUGAACUACGAGAGCACGUCCAUGGCGAGUUUAUCGAGACGGAAGCCAGGGAGUUCCGACCAUGUUUGGUAAUGUGAUCAGGUAUCCCGGUGACGGCUGGAAGUUUCUAAUCAGUAUCAGUUUGUCAGUCAUUCACUGAAAUAUAUCGAUUAACCAUUGUCAGAUCCAGGGUUGUUGUUGCUUUGUUUUGUUUUUAGCCGAUUUUGAGUACUCGCAGUGAAAUCUUAGGCUAAGUAAAAAAAAAAACAUACAUGUUU